AUGUCUGUACGGAGGAUCCAUGCUGGACGUCUGAACAGGCUGUUGUUCGCGGUCAUGUUCUUGAUGCUAGUCAUGCCCGCAAGCGCAUUGGACGAACCCCAAGCCUUGUCCCCAAGCGCGGCCGCAGCCGCAGCCGGCUACUACUACCACCCUCGGUAUCCGAUUGGCUUCUUCAUCAGCCUGCUCUUUUUCAUUGGGCAGUCUUUCGCAUCCUUCUCGAGUACCCUAGUGGGACCGGCUAUGGGUAUCACCAGCGUGUUGUGGCUCAUGUUGCGCAACGACAGUGCCAUCAGUCCAAGAGCGUCUUGGAUGGUCUUCGGGAUAUGGUCCUGGUUGACAGCGAUGUACUUCCUCGUCCAAUGCCAACGGGUGUCAAAUCAUCGUUUAUAUAUUCUUGUAACGAUCGCCAUAGCCAGUACUUGCAUGGGUCUUGUUGCGAUGGCCCAGAAGUCGUCGUUGCAAGGCGGCCUAGUGACAGCGAUACCAACUUGUACUUCCUUUGCCGCAUACGUCGUAGCUUAUUGCUUCCCAGACGGACGUAGACGAGAGCCAGACGCAGGCGAGAGGAUUACGAUGGUAUAG